UAUAUAUGUACUGCACCUGACACCAGAGCUCUGCACUCACUUCAGCCUACAGAAACAACAAAAGGAAGUUGUCGGCAAACUUCUUUUUAACUGUUGUUUCGCUGUUCUCCGCCGCUCGCCGUGAAAGUGACAUUCUAGUGAUCUUCGAGGAGGCUGUGGCGACGACUGCUUUUUUUCUUUCUCACCUCUCACAAUGCAGCGCCGCGGCGGCUCCAGCCAGCUCUUGUGUUUCUUCCUCCUGCAGGUGUUCUUUAAGUGUUUAACUGUCUCCGGCCAAGUUUCCCACCGCGUAACCGACCUGCAUUGGCAUCCGGCUACUGCCACUUGGUACGGUAGCCCCGACGGCGAUGGUAGUGACGGAGGGGCAUGUGGGUACGGUUCCCUAGUGGACGUGAAGCCACUGAGGGCCAGAGUUGGUGCAGUAAGCCCAAUACUGUUCAAGAACGGAGAAGGGUGCGGCGCAUGUUACAAAGUGAAAUGCCUAGACAAGAGCAUAUGCUCGAGAAGGGCAGUGACCAUAAUUGUAACGGAUGAGUGCCCAGGUGGCUACUGCUCCAAUGGACGCAUCCACUUUGACCUCAGCGGUGCAGCCUUUGGUCGCAUGGCUAUUGCAGGUGAGAGUGGCCUGCUCAGGAACCAAGGCGAGAUCCCUGUCAUUUUUCGCCGGACCCCAUGUAAAUAUCGAGGGAAGAACAUUGCCUUCCAUGUUAAUGAAGGUUCAACAGAUUAUUGGCUAGCCCUUCUAGUGGAGUUUGAGGAUGGUGACGGUGACGUUGGAUCUAUGCAUAUAAGAGAAGCAGGUGGCAGUGAGUGGCUAGAGAUGAAUCAUCUAUGGGGUGCAAAUUGGUGUAUUACUAGGGGACCCUUAAAAGGGCCAUUCUCAGUGAAGCUAACAACGCUUUCAACAGGAAGAGAACUUUCUGCUACAGAUGUUAUUCCAAGAAAUUGGUCUCCAAAGGCCACUUACACCUCUCGCCUCAAUUUCUUAUCGUAAUUCAUAUGACAAGGCUCUGUUUCCUCUUUCUCUGAAACUGGCUUUAAGAGAAACAAGAAACAAGGAACAAGGAACCAAACGCUCCCCUUGUUCCCUUGACGCAAAAGUGUCUAACGUUUAGUGUUUCUUUUCUUUUCUUUUCUUUUCUUUUUCUUCUCUUAUUUUUCCAUCCUUUUUUUAGAAGAAAGGUGGCCAUUGGAUUGCAUAAUGUUCGGCAUCCAAUGCUUUUCCUUUUUUUCUUUUCUUUUCUUUAUUUUUCCUCCUGUUUUUUCAACUUUAAUUGCUAUGUCUUUGCAAGUGUUUGUAGAGAGGUAGCCCUCUCCAAAGGAGAGAGAGCGUAUAGUGUAUUUGUAUUUGUAUUUGUAUUUGUAUUUGUAAUGUUUUGGGUAUGUGGGCCCUGUUGGUUUUCAAUUAAUUUGCACUUUUGAGUGGCAA